AUGUUGAAGAAACGCCAGCAGGAAAGUCAAUGUCAUAUUUUGGUUGAAGAGUUAAAAUUGCACGAUCGAGAGUAUUUUUUCAAGUUUUUAAGAAUGAGUCCAGAGAGGCUAGAGCAUCUAUUAAAUCUUGUUGCCCCCUACAUUACAAAACAGAAAUGCAACAGCAGAAUACCAGUUUCUGCAGGAGAAAGACUUGUCGUUACUUUGCGAUAUUUAGCUACGGGGGAUUCCCAACAAUCCCAAGCCUUUAAUUUCAGAUUUGGAAAAAGCACAGUUUGUAAUAUCAUAAAAGAAACAUGUAGUGGAAUAUGGAAUUCUUUAUGUACCACAUACCUGAAGGCUCCAAAGUCUGAGCAUGAAUGGAAAGGGAUCGCAAAUGAAAUGUUUACUCAGUGGAAUUUUCCAAACUGCAUAGGUGCAUUGGAUGGAAAACAAAUUGCAAUUGAAUGCCCUGCUAAUAGUGGAUCUAAUUUUUUUAAUUACAAAAAGUUUUAUAGUAUCGUAUUGAUGGCCAUGUGUGAUGCUAGGUACUGUUUUACAUUGGUGGAUAUUGGAAAUAAUGGAAGAGACAAUGAUGCACAAAUUUUCAAUAAUUCAGCAAUGGGCAAAGCUUUGUCAAAUAAUGAAUUAAAUGUUCCAUCCUGCAGUUCCAUUGUUGGCCAUACACUGCCUUAUGUUGUUGUAGCCGAUGAAAUCUUUGCACUCAAACCAUGGUUAAUGAAGCCAUAUGGUGGUAAAGGAUUACCACAAGAUAAAGAAAUAUUUAAUUACAGACUUAGUCGUUGCAGACGAACAAUAGAAAACAGUUUUGGCAUCCUUUCAGCAAGGUGGAGGAUUUUUCGCCGCCCAAUGAAAGCCAAGCCUGAAACAGUUGACUUGAUUAUAAAAGCAUGCUUAUGCCUGCAUAAUUAUUUACAGCUAACAUACAAUGCCCAUUACAUCCCAGCUGGUUUUGUAGAUGCUGAAGAUACUACAGGUAAUAUCGUACCUGGUAACUGGAGAAGCAUUACAUCAGGUGAUAAUGGUGCAAUGGAAGCAUUCUCAGUUGGAAGGGCAAAUAAUAGAUCUUCCUUUGAAGCUAUUGAAGUUAGAGAAAAAUUCAAGAAAUAUUUUACAAGCAAAGACGGAUCCUUAUCUUGGCAAGUCACUUAUGUUAAUAGUUUUUAA